CACAAACUUCCGACUAGGAUGCGCGAAACCCUCUAAGGGAUUUCCCUUUAUUUGAUAUCCUUGUUGAUUGCCUUGAGGGUGAAAAACACCGUCUAAACAGGCUAGAAGCACAGCGCCAGUCAUGUCAGAGACAUACGAUUUCCUGUUCAAGUUUCUUGUUAUCGGAAAUGCAGGAACUGGAAAAUCUUGUCUGCUUCACCAGUUUAUAGAAAAAAGAUUCAAAGAUGACUCGAAUCACACUAUCGGGGUUGAAUUUGGCUCGAAGGUAAUCAGUGUGGUCAAUAAGUUUGUCAAGCUCCAGAUCUGGGAUACAGCAGGACAGGAGCGUUUCAGGUCUGUAACACGCAGUUAUUACAGAGGGGCAGCAGGGGCUCUUCUCGUGUAUGACAUCACUAGUCGAGAAACAUACAACGCUCUGACCAACUGGCUGACAGAUGCCCGGAUGCUGGCCAGCCAGAACAUCGUGAUCAUACUGUGUGGAAAUAAGAAAGAUCUGGAUGCUGACCGUGAAGUCACCUUUCUGGAGGCUUCCCGCUUCGCUCAAGAGAAUGAGCUCAUGUUUUUGGAGACCAGUGCUCUAACAGGGGAGAACGUAGAGGAAGCUUUUGUCCAGUGUGCUCGGAAAAUCCUAAACAAAAUAGAGUCAGGCGAGCUGGACCCGGAGCGGAUGGGUUCAGGAAUCCAGUACGGAGAUGCAGCGCUGCGGCAGCUGCGUUCUCCCAGACGGGCUCAAGCAGAGAGCGUGCCGGACUGUGGCUGUUAACACAGAUCCCAGACAGCUGACCAACCAGGUUUCGUGAACAUGAGGAGGAGGACAUUAGUGGGGAGUUUGACGUAUGGCUCAUCAUGUUGGAGUGACCGUUUCCCUCACCAUACUUUUACUUCAGUUUUGACAUGCCGAGGGACCCCCUGUGCUCCAGAAAAAUGUUUACUGUCCCCCUUGGGCCCAAGCCAAAACACUGAGGGUAGCUAAAAGACCCUUGCCCCUGAGAUUACCGCACUGAGCCCUUGCCCCGUCUUUCCCUCUUCCAUAUGUAGAUGUUGUGUAGAGAAGAGUUUCUGUUAUCACCGUGGAGCAUGUUUCAUGGUUGCAGUACGAAGACAUAUUCAUAAAUGAUUAUAUACAGCAUACUGUAUAUUUUAUAUAUAUAGCUUAGGCAUACUGCAUCGCUGCUCUAUGGCACGCGCCUGUAAAUCUUAUCAAUGGAGUUUAUCGCAUUUUAUCUUAAUAGCAUGUUGUUUGCUUUUUCUUUUUUACGAAUGUUGUUUUUUUUUGGUUAGUAUGUUUUAUGAAAUUGUGAUUUCAUAAAAGAGGUUUUUGACAUUUUUGGCUUUGUUUUUGUAUUAUAAUUAAUUUACAUUCGAAAUGAAACAUUUAAGGGCCAGCGAACACUUACCUUCAUAUCGCACUGUAAUACAUCAUCAGUAUCAACAGCUUCAGAAUCAGUGUUACUUGCUCUAUAUUUAUCGUAAUGCAUUAUUGUGCUGCGGUCCCAUUUUUAGGUGUCUGUUGUAAUGACACAGACUUGUUUGAACUGAUUUAAUUGUUUUUGAAAACAUUGCUUUUUUUGUAAAAUGUGUUUUAUUAUUAUUUUCUACUUGUCCCGUUAUUCUUAUACAGUUUAAAUGGAUAUAUCUAAAAUAAGCUUGCACCCAAAAUGAUUGAUACAUAAUUGUGUACCUUGCUUCAAAGUGCUUGUCAUUAUGUCUUUAUAUGUUUGUAAAAAUGGGACAGAUUGCCAAUAGUCAUGUUUAACAAUGCACUAAAUGGUAGUUGCUUAUUCAUUUUUCAUAAAUCGUGCGUCUACACUACAUUGACCUAAAAAAAAAAAACUCUGUAGCACUGAUGUAAAGAAUUAAGGUCUGAUUCAAAACUGAGCUAACCAAAUGUACAAUUUAGUUGCUGAAUGUAAAACAGUGUUUGUAAAAUCAAUGUAAACCUUUCUAUACAGCUUUCUACAUGAAAAUGCCACAAUUUCUUAAAAAAAUUAAUCCAGGAACAAUUAAUUAAAAUACUUCUGAUAAAAUGAAUAAAGGGGCAUUGCCAGGUAUUUAAAUUGUUGCAUGGAUCUGACUCAUGGAUGAGGUCUUGGCAAGCUUGCAGAAUCCCGAUGUCCAGGAACAGCAUGUUGUAAUAAGUAGGCAAUAUAAAAAUCUGCCUUGUGCAAACAAGAAUACUACUUUUAUAGCCAUAAUACACUAAUUAAUUUUUUUUUUUAAUUCACUUUAACAUACAAUUAACAGCAACCUGUUAAAAAAUGUUAAGACUAAAAACACAAUAGCCACCAGACUAAGUCCUCAUAAAGAAAGUGUUAAGAAAAACCAUCAUCUCAUAUAAACACAUCUCACUUUCAUGGGCAGUUAUCUAAACACUUAAAUUUGAAUACCCUUCAAAACGGCUUCCAUAACAGUGGAAUGGAUAUUCAUCAUAUUAUUGUAGCUCAUAUACAUCAUGGCUUGGUUAUUCUUAUGCUAAAACAACACUAUUCCCAUUGUACAUGCCAUAAAUCACUAUGAAGAUAUGUGGGGGGAAAAAUACCUGUACAUUUGUUCAGAGAUGCUGAACUAAAAACAGUCAAAAUUAGUUCAAUGCCCUUAUAAAUAGUGUACAGAUAUCCCAAUAUCAUUAUUUCUCAAUAAUAAAUUAUAAAAUACAACAAGAAAUACCUGAGUGCUACUAAAAAACAAAUAACAUCACACUGAAUGAAAGUUGAGCUUGAUGACGAACAGCUAGAAUUGAUCUCUUUCAAAAAUGAUUUGUCAUUUUGCUGUGAGUUUCAUGCUUCAGAUAACAGUGACUUUUUACAUUAUGUAAUGAUAUUACUGUUCUUAUACAAUACCACAUGGAACACACCAUUAGUGUGAAUAUACAAGUAAAAUAUAAUACAUCUCAUUUCAAAGAAAGCAGAUAUUAAUAUAACAGAUCAACUGCCAAUGUGAGAUUAAGUGUUGAUUAAUGAACACUUCACAAAGAUCCAUGUUGGCGCAAAUGAUUUCUGUAAAGUACAAAAUAUUAUUAACACAAUGUAGAUAAUACACAACAUUACAAUACAUCACAUUAUAUGUCUAUAAUUGUCUGACAGUUACUGAACACCUUCUAGUAAUAGGCUAAGAGUGUAAAGAGAACUGGUAAAUCUCUGUGACCUACAAAAAUCAUGCAACAAUGCGUGUGAUUGUUUGACAAUUUGCCCUGCAGCAUCAAUGGAUUGUGUUUUCAUGUUUGAUAUGUACCAGUAAAUGCAACAUAUCCAUGGUGUAAAUAAACCCCUAAAAAACCUUAA